GAAGGAACAUAAGACGCCCCAAGCGGCAGAGAAGGCAAACGAUCUGUCCUGCUUCGUUUGCGAUAGCAUGGACGCCGGGGAACGAUGCAGCAAUCUCAACACCAGCGGAGUCAGCUUCAUACAGAAGUGUCGCGAUGACCGAAGGACCUGCAUGGUGAAGCGGUACUCCUAUUCCACCUCGACCGAGAACUCGUCCUACCCCUCCAAGCACCUGUGGUCUCUGCAACGGAACUGCAUCAACAAGUGCGAGCCUGGUUGCAUAGUAAUAGGGGAGCGUACCAAGUUGUACGCAUGCACUGCCUGUUGCGAGAAGUCUCUCUGCAACACGAUGAACGACGCAGCCUCUAACCACCAGCACUCCACUUUCUUCGCCGUCCUCGGCGUCGUCCUACUAACUGCCUUCACGUCGUGACCAACACCCCCCUCCCCUCGGCCUUCCUCGGAAUCACAGAAGUACCAACUGGAUUUACAUUCCCUUCUGACAGCUGUGGAAAUUAUAAAACUGCUCGUACAGUCCACGACUGUAAUCUUGAGACUUUCGGGGUGAGGAAGUGGGGGACGUCCUGCAUUCCUUGCAAGUCUCAAGAUUACAGUCGUGGACUGUAUUUCCUGUUUCGUUGGUAACUGCGAAUUUAUUACGUGUGGCGAGACAGGGGACAAAGAAUAUUAUUCAAAAGAUGAGCAACACGUGCUACGGACCAUGCGUUAAAAAACUAAUAAAACGGAUAAAACUGUCACG